AUGGCUGAUGAACCAAAAGACUCGGGAUUCUCGCUUGGAGGCUUCUUCACACGAUGCGGGCUUCCACUCAGCGCUCGGGAUGACUGCGAUGCUUUUGCUCGGUCACAAUAUACAGAACCGAUCAGACCGGCUCCAUUUCAGGGCUAUUGCUCCUACACGGUCUUCGUCGGAGAAGACACCAUAAUUCAGUUUCGACCAGCCGACUACAGUCUCGAUAUCGCCAUAGUCUCGGCGGCCUGUGACGUCUUUGGCGACCUGGUCCCCGAGACCAAGUUCCUUGGGAGGCUGGACGGCACGGGGCUACAUAUUUAUUCCAUGCGGAGGUUGACGGGGCUUUCACUUACAGACCUUCGAAGUACUAACAGCAGCAACUGCAACCAGACCAAGCUGCAACGCCAGCGUAUGGUGAAAGAUUUCGCUCGCCUCCAAGCGGCUAGCUGGAAGAAUGCCAAGUCGAAGGAUCAGGUUCGCGAGAAGGGAAAAGUGGGAUCCUCGCUGCAGUGGCGCUUAAAUCUCCUCUCCUCUGGCAUUCCCUCACGAUUUCAAGAGUUUGUCGAUCCGCUCCUGCGGGAGCUUCCGAAGAUCGAGGAGAUGCCUUGGAUUGUGAGCCACGGCGAUUUUAUUCCGGCUAAUGUCCUGGUUUGUCCGGAAAGUGGGAAGUUGCUUGGUCUACUGGAUUGGGCUGAGGCUGAAUACCUCCCUUUCGGAAUAUCAUUGUACGGACUCGAAGAGCUUCUUGGCGAGGUCAAAAACGGAUGCUUCGAAUACUUCUCAGAAGCAAAGAGCCUCCGCAAGCUCUUCUGGAGUGAAAUAUUAUCAAUGAUCCCUCAACUGUGUACAGACGCAGACAAGUUGAAAAUCGUGAGAAGCGCGCAAAUCUUCGGGAUAUUUCUGUGGCACGGUAUCGCUUUUGAUGACGGGAAGCUGAAUCGUGCCGUCAACGAAGGCACUGACGACGAAGAGAUCCAACGGCUUGAUGCUUUUCUUUUUGACUCCUCAGGGCCUUCUUCAGGGUACCUGCGCGGCCAGAAACCUUGGCUUGGGGUGCAAUUUGCUCGACUUCGAGAUCAUUUAUUAGGGGCCAUCUAA